AUGCCUCCCCGAUUUCCUGGUUUGAAGCAGGUCCCCCUGCCUGGUGGCCCGAAAAACACCACGUACAUCAUCAGAGACAACUACAAGCGUCACAUGUACGCUGAAAACGAGGUUGCCCGCAAAGCCCUCAAGUACCUUGCGCACAACACUUCGCUACCCAUGAAGACACGUCUUGAAGCGCAACUACAGCUCCACCAGAUGCCACAUUACACACGUCCUACCGAAAUCAAGAAUCGUUGUAUCGAGAGUGGCUACGGACGUUCUGUUAUCAAGGAGUUCCGUGUGUGCCGUAUCAAGUUCCGUGAACUGGCCCUCAAGGGUGAGCUCCCGGGCGUCCGGAGCUCUUCUUGGUAA